AGAGGCUUCCGAUGCUCAGUGGCCGGCUCGCUGCGCGCUGAGGACCAAGUAGGAGUAGGAGCCUGCCGGUGUGAGGAGACGGAGCGUUCGCCCCUCCCUUCUAGCAACAGGUGCCACGUCCCCGGUCCUGCAGCUGAAACUGCAGCGACCGGUGGCAGGGUCUUCCGUUCCCAGAACGAGACCUCAGUCUGGACCAGACAGGCAUCCACGACAAGCAUCUGGAGGGAGACUUUUCUCCUCCGGUGAGCAGCUGCCGCCACCGCCUCUGGACGUUGCUGAAGCCCCGGCUCUCGGAAGACCAGCCCGUCUGUUAGCAAUGAACGCUUCGUGCUGCCCGCUGUCCGCUCAGCCGACGCUGCCCAACGGCUCUGAGCGCCUGGCGACCCCUCCCUUCGGGAACCAGAGCAGGAGCGGGUUCUGUGAGCAGGUCUUCAUCAAGCCCGAAGUCUUCCUGGCCCUGGGCAUCGUCAGCCUGCUGGAGAACGUGCUGGUCAUCGUGGCCGUGGCCAAGAACGGCAACCUGCACUCGCCCAUGUACUUCUUCCUCUGCAGCCUGGCGGCGGCCGACAUGCUGGUCAGCGUGUCCAACGCCCUGGAGACUGUCGUCAUCGCCGUCGUCAACAGCAACUACCUGGCCCUGGAGGACCGGCUCGUGCGGCACAUGGACGACAUCUUCGACGCCAUGAUCUGCAUCUCCCUGGUGGCCUCCAUCUGCAACCUGCUGGCCAUCGCGGUGGACAGGUACGUCACCAUCUUCUACGCGCUCCGCUACCACAGCAUCAUGACGGUGCGCAAGGCCCUCGCCUGGAUCGCGGCCAUCUGGCUGUGCUGCGGCGUGUGCGGGGCUCUCUUCAUCGUCUACUCCGAGAGCAAGAUGGUCAUCGUCUGCCUCGUCACCCUCUUCUUCGCCAUGCUGCUGCUCAUGGGCACCCUGUACGUGCACAUGUUCCUCUUCGCCCGGCUGCACGCCCAGCGCAUCGCGGCGCUGCCGCCCGCCGGCGGGGGCGCCCCGCAGCCGCACUCGUGCAUGAAGGGGGCCGUGACCAUCACCAUCCUGCUGGGCGUGUUCGUCUUCUGCUGGGCCCCCUUCUUCCUCCACCUCAUCCUCAUCAUCACCUGCCCCACCAACCCCUACUGCGUCUGCUACGCCGCCCACUUCAACACCUACCUGGCCCUCAUCAUGUGCAACUCCGUCAUUGACCCCCUCAUCUACGCCUUCCGGAGCCUGGAACUGCGCGCCACCUUCAAGGAGAUCCUGUGCGGCUGCAACGGCGUGAGCCUGGGCUAGGGCGCCGGGGCCCUGGAAGGGCGCGGGGGCUCCGUCACUGCUGGCCCCCCACCCGGCCGCGGGGGUUAGAGAAAAAGAAGGGGUACCCAGGAGACGAAGUCCGCCGACAGCGGCGAUCGCCCGUGUCUUUUCGUUUUUACGCAUGCAAAGCCUUUUGAAAGGGGGCGUGGUAUAUGUAACAGGUGUUCUGAAAAGGAUUUUCAAGUGGGUCAGUCCCUGCUCUCUGGAGGAGGCGCUGGCAGAACGCAGGGAGGGUGCUGCCUGCAUUCGCUUCUGGGCACUGGGCUCUGGAAAGCCCCCCUCCUCACCUACUUCCCGCCCCCACCCCGCCCACCAGUCUGUGCCCUUCAGACCGGCAGGAAGGACUCCCGUGGACUCCACGAGGGGUUCCAAUGUCUCCAGGCUGUCAGCUGCUCAGAUGGCCUUGACUAUUUUCUAAGAGACUGGGAGUUUACUUUAUUACUCUUUAUGGUUAAAGCAAUUUCCUAAAAACACUGAUCUCUGUGUGAAAGAAGCAAUGCUAAGCACAUCCCUCUGUCUGACCCCAUACCAGCCCCCCCCACCGUGAAAACUAGCCUGGGUGUGACCCACUUCUAUUUCGGGCUUUGCUACUGCUGUGGGGCUCUUAUGCACUGAAUCCAAGGCAGCUUUCAAAUUUCUAAGGAAAGACAGGUAACAAUGCUCUUGGAAAAUCAACACAUACCUGUGUAUGAAGUAUUUUGAUACCUUGCCAUUGUAAGGUACAAUUUUCCCUAUUUUUAAAAAACCCUUUUUCCGAUUCCUUUUCCAUCAUGAAAGCAAGAGAGGGAAUCACGGAAUGGGGGAGGGGGCAUGCGUCUCAGGAAAUUGCUUCACUGCUGUUCUGCAGAGUUUCAGAAACCGUGGCAAUGCAUGGGGCUUUCUUGGAGUCUCCGCUCUGGCUCACAGCAGCCGUGUCUCUAUCGCUUCCUGCAUGCUGAGAAACUUCUCGGUUCACUGCUCCUUUUGUUCGGCCUGGCGUGAAAGUCAGGGUGACCCCGCCAGCAGAGCUGGGACCUCACCAAGUGCAGCACUCGGUCCCUGUGAGCACAGGGCGAGUUCGCGGCCCAGCACCGUCUCUCCUGGCCGUACGUCACCUCAGGCAAGACACACCUGUCAGCCCCUCUCCUGCCCUCACUGUCCUCUCCGGCCGUCCUCACGCGGCCCCCACCAAUGCUUUCUCAUAAUAUGCUGCGUCUUUGGUGUACAAUUGUGUAUUUCUCUCGUGCUCGACUAUACCGUGGUAUUUUUCUUGUACUUGAAGACAUCCGGCUAAUAUAAGCAGUACUGCUGGCCUCUUGCUUUGAUUGUGAUGUUUGGAAACAAUAAAAGGCUUCUGUGGCUGCUAAA